AUGAUAGGAGAAAAAUGGAGAGGACGAUUAGUAGCCGGUGGACAUGGUCAAGGAAAUCGACUUAAUCAAUUCAACAAUCCGUCUUUUAUCUUUGUUGACAAGGAACAAUCAAUCUAUGUUUCUGAUUGUGGAAACGAUCGUGUAAUGAAAUGGCGGAGUGACGCACAGAAAGGGAUUGUUGUCGCUGGUGGAAAUGGUAAAGGUGAUCAUUUGAACCAAUUGAAUUAUCCUGAAGGAGUAAUUGUUGAUAAAUUUGGCCAAAUUUAUGUUGUCGACUGUAAUAAUCACCGAAUAAUGCGUUGGUGUGAAGGAAAUGAGGAAGGUGAAAUAAUUAUUGGCGGAAAUGGAAAAAGAGACGAAAUGAAUCAAUUGGCUUUUCCUAAAGGUUUAGCCGUUGAUCUUCAAGGAAAUCUUUAUGUAGCUGACAGUGGAAAUCAUCGAAUCCAAAAAUAUGAUUUAAUUUGUGAAUAA